AUGGCGACGUGGCCGCCGAAAAGCGCGAGCUCGUCUCCAAAGUCGUUUUACACAGCCAAUGAUUCAGAGAUUGAGGGAUCAACCACGGCCAGCAGUCCCGCCCAGGGUCUGCCUUGUCCUUAUCGCGAUGCUCGACCACUUCCGCGGGAGUUGAAGGACCACUGCCACAUUUUUCUGGAAGAGCAACUUUAUUCCUGCGCCAUCAAUCUCUUGAAUAGCACUCUGGGUUCCGGCAUGUCAAGAAGGACGCCGUCCUCCAAGUCUGUCGCGAUACCGCCGCCGAGCCAUCUGGCGUUACUAUGCACCCUCAUCGUUCAUCCCAUUCACACAACGCGCGCUGAAAGACCCGAGCAUCGAGACGUAUCAGCCAUGGCACUGGACUACCUCCGCAACCUGCUGACUGUUGUUGGUCCCGUCAACGCGGGGUUCCGCGACGCCUUCCAGUUCCAUCAUGCUUUACCGCGAUCCAGUCGCCGAUCAGGAUUCACUAGCCCCAAUGCAGAUAGCGACAUGUCAGAUGGAGAUGCAGAGCGCGAUCAGGACCGUCUGCAAGGGCGUAUGGCGAACCGAAGCAGUUUAUGGUUCCGGGGCCAAGAUCUCUGGACGACGAUUGGGUGGGCGUUUAACACGAGCACUUUGUAUCCCGAACGGUGGCGGUAUUGGAAAGUCUGGCUUGAGUUUAUGCUGGAUGUCCUCGAGACGGACUGGGAUGAGAGGGAGCGACAGGAUGAGGCAGGUCAUGCGGCCACCAGGAGAGAAGGCGUCGCACCAACCACGUCGCGGAGUGAGUCGAUGAUGGCAAUGUACAUGGAGCAAAAUACGGAUGGACAUAUGGCCAUGAACCUGAAGCGUAUUAUGAAGGCUCUUUUUGCUGAUGGUGGCGCUUUGUCGUCGUCUACUUUCCUCGAAUUGUUUGAGCGGGAACCGCGCGGUCCGAAGAAGGCUUCCAAGAAGAGGAAGCGGGAUCAGGUGCUGGACCUGGAAAACGACAAAUUCGGAGACUAUUUUGACGAUGAUUCCAUAUCGUCGGGUAUAUCGGAGCCGCCUACGCCGCAGAAGUCUCGAAAUGGGAGAAAGAAUGACGCCAUGGGUAUUUUGCGCCCCGGGUUGGUCGAGUCAGUUGGUAUUCGUCUCAGAUUCUUCAAGCUCCUGUCCGCAACGACUGCCGCCCUACGGAAGCAGCGCGAGCUCGAUAAUCUAUAUGAGGAUUACGUGCUUGCUAUAAAGAAGCUUCCUCUUCAACUCUACGCCCUCUACGUCACGCAAAGGGACAAUCCCUUGCCGUCUGAAAUCCACGUCACCCUCAUACAAGAGCUUUUCCACCUCCUCUUGCCGCCUACCUACAAAGAUCCAGCAAAGGUUGAUCCGGAGGGCGAUGCGGAAGGGAGACUCACCAUGCCCAUGCUCCAACACUGCUACGUCUCAUUACCAGCAAACACGGUGGGCCUGGAGGACAAUGCCAAGCUCUCGCUGCUGGUUGAGAAUGCGAUCCAACUGCUCUGGGUGUCUGAUAUGAUUGAAUACACGGACAAUUUUGGGGACGCUUGCGAGAAGGGAAUCCAGGCGAGGGAGGCAAAGGCCAAGAAGAAGCGGACGGGGAAAGUGCAGGCCGAAUCGAGUGAUGUUUCUGCGAGAGAUGUGCUGACUCAAUCUGGGGAGCGGAUUCGGAUACUGGUCCAGGUGUUGAGGGAGUCGGCGUGUGUCAUGAUAGAAUGA